AUGCAUCCUUACUUCUUUCAAAUAAAAUUAUUUCUCGAAACCACUACAGCAACUAACAAUUAUAUUCUUGAUGACAAUGAAUGUCAGUCUUUAACUCCGGAUUUACAUGAUUCUGACGAGGAAUUUUUCGAUGCAAUGGAUGCUUUUAAUGAUGUACAAGUUGAAGAAGCAGUCGCUAAUAGAAUUAUCUGA